CCUACAACGCUCCUAUCCACAUCGGUCAAGGGGUGGGAGGGCUUCUUCACACAACCUGAGAUCGAAUCUCUGUGUCGGCAGGAGAGAAUGGUUCGAACGUCUCAACAUACCCCUUCGCCAUCGUCCAUGUCUUCUCCUUCAUCGUCUUCUGUUGUACUGCCCUUCCACCGAAGCUGUUGCUGCUGGCACCGCCGCAGCUGCAGGGCAGGCCUCACUCAGAAAUCGAUGUGACCCACAACAUUCUCCUUCUCCUACUGCAUCCACUUCUUCUUCUGUUGCUUCUCGUCUUCGCAACUUUCUCCCUUCCCCACGCUUUGAAUCUCCCUCGCAUUCUGUCUGGUAGUUGCUUUGUUUGUAGUCUGUUGACCUUUUAGUUCCGAAUGUGCUAGCUCGUUUCUCGCCGGCGCCGUGAAUUUUCUCCUCCGGAGAAGUGUGUCUCUUUUUUGGGGGGUAGGGAGCGACGAACCGAGACCGCAUCCAUGCGCAAUUCCUCCUCCUCUUCUCACAAGGCGGACAAUGCCGUGGCCAUCCCUCCUUACUUCAAGGCCGUGUCCGGGUCUCUGGGCGGCCUUGUGGAGGCUUGCUGCUUACAGCCGAUUGAUGUGAUCAAGACGCGACUGCAGCUCGACCCCCGACGCGAGUACAAAGGCAUCUAUCAUUGUGGGUCUACUAUUGUGGAGCGUGAAGGGGCGCGCGCGCUAUGGAAGGGCUUGACCCCCUUCGCCACGCAUCUCACCUUGAAGUACACGUUGCGGAUGGGCUCCAACGCCCUCUUCCAAUCCGCGCUUGCGGAUUCUAAGACCGGCCAGCUUAGCGCCGCGGGCCGUAUGGCUGCUGGCUUCGGUGCAGGUGUUUUGGAAGCUGUUGUGAUCGUCACUCCUUUCGAGGUUGUGAAAAUCAAGCUUCAACAACAGAGAGGAUUGGGGCGAGAGUUGCUGAAGUAUAAGGGGCCUGUGCACUGUGCCACGACAAUUGUGCGUGAAGAGGGGUUGAGGGGUCUCUGGGCAGGGGUUGCUCCCACCAUUCUACGGAACGGAACGAACCAGGCUGUAAUGUUUUCAGUGAAGAACGGUGUUGAUCAGCUACUGUGGAAGAAAUACGAGGGGGAUGGUGUCACUCUCUUACCAUGGCAGUCGAUGGUGUCAGGAUUUCUGGCAGGUUUCGCUGGACCUGUGGCCACAGGACCAUUUGAUGUAGUCAAAACACGUCUUAUGGCACAAAGUCGAGAUGCAACUGGUGAAGUUAGAUACAGAGGAUUGGUGCAUGCCAUCACUCGUAUAUAUGCUGAGGAAGGGUUGUUGGCAUUGUGGAAGGGUUUGCUACCUCGUUUGAUGCGUAUACCUCCAGGCCAAGCCAUCAUGUGGGCAGUUGCAGAUCAGGUAACUGGCCUCUACGAGCGCAGGUAUAUCAAGUCCCUGAACGCAGCCACCUAGAGAUGGAAAUGAAGGGAUGGGACUUUCUUACCUGUCUAUCAUUUUGUAGAUCUAGUUGCUUCACUCUUGAGAGGUUUAAUGUUUCGAGGUUAUUAUCGACCAUUGAUUUGGGAACGGUUAUGAAAAAAAAAAGGUUUUCUACAUUCUAUGUUUCGUAGUUCAUUCAGACGUUUGGUAGUUCAUUUUUACGUGGAAUAAAUUCUUCAUGCGACUAUUGAAUUGCACUGGCAGCGGUAACCUGAAGUUUAGUAAAAUGGAAAGAAAUAAUGUUGAGGGUUUGAGCAAGCCGGCCAACGAGAUGUUGGAAGCUGAACCUUGAAGUGUGUUGGCAUGAUUUUUUAACUGUGACGUGAAGAAUA